AUGCGUUUUGGCAAGACCCUCUCCGACUCCAUCUACCCCCCUUGGAAAGACAAAUACCUCGAAUAUGACAAGAUCAAGAAGCUGCUACGUGAAGAUGAGACCUCUCCACAAGGUCGUGGUGGUGAAGGCAGCUGGACUGAGCAAGAUGAGGAAAACUUCGUCCACGAGCUCACCGUCGUUCAAUUGGAAAAGGUCAACCAGCAUCAGAUUGACACCUUCAAUGCCAUUCGAGAUCGAGCCGCGGCCUGUGAGGCCAAGCUUCCGACCCCCGAGAAAGAUGACUCUGGAAGGACGGAAGAGGAGUGGAAGGCUGUUGCACAGGACACUCUGGAAGAGCUGGAUAGCAUAUCAAAGGAACUGAACGAACUUAAGAAGUUCAGUCGAAUCAACUACACUGGCUUCUUGAAAGCCGCUAAGAAACAUGACAGGAAGAGAGGCCUCAAAUACAGAGUGCGUCCGAUAUUGCAGGUCCGCUUGUCUCAAACACCUUUCAACCAAGAGGACUACUCACCCUUGCUCUUCCGCCUGUCUGCCAUGUACUCCUGGGCUCGUCAGAAGCUUGACGGAGAAGAAGCUGCAGCCAAGGUAGCUGAAGCAGACACCAAACCCAAAGACACCUACACGGCACACAAAUAUUGGGUGCAUGUCGACAACCUUCUGGAGGUCAAGACGUAUAUUCUCCGUCGCCUCCCAGUCUUGGUCUACAAUCCACAAUCCAUGAAGGUGGUCGACUCCUCACAGAAUGAACCCACCAUUACGUCCAUCUAUUUCGACAACCACAACUUCGAUCUUUAUCAAGACAAAGUGGAGAAGAGCACGGCUGGAGAUUCAGUUCGACUUAGGUGGUCUGGCCUGCUCAACGACAAGCCCGAGAUUGUCCUCGAGAAGAAAUCCGUUGGGGAGGACAUCGAGAGCAAAGACAUCCGAAUUUCCCUCAAAGAGAAAUACAUCCAGCCCUUCCUCAAGGGUGAAUACAAGAUGGAGAAACAACUCCAGAAGCUCGAAGACCGACUGGGGCCCGACUCCGAAGAAGUCAAGGCUUUCAAAGCCAACGUCGAGGAAAUCCAAUCUUUCAUCAAGGACAAAGAUCUGGAGCCGGUUCUACGGGCCAGCUACACUCGGACGGCCUUCCAAAUCCCUGGUGAUGACAGAAUCAGGAUCUCCCUGGACACCGACCUGGCCUUCAUUCGUGAAGAUGCAAUGGACCCUGAUCGCCCAUGCCGUGAUCCAGAUGACUGGCAUCGAUCAGACAUUGACGACAAUGAGAUGCAAUAUCCAUUCCCGUCCAUCAAAAAGGGAGAAAUUAGUCGAUUCCAACACGCCGUUCUCGAGAUCAAAGUCAAGGACACCAAAUACACUCGAAAUAAUACGUGGCUUCAUGAUCUCAUGAAUUCGCACCUUGUCAAAGAGGAGAAGAGGUUCUCCAAGUUUGUGCAUGGUGUUGCCGAGCUUUUCGAAGAUUAUGUCAACAGCUUCCCCUUCUGGUUGAGUGACCUGGAGACCGACAUCAGGAGAGAUCCUGUAACUGCCUAUCAGGAAGAGCAAGAAAGGGAAGCCAAAAAGGCAGAGGACGAAAUGGCUGUUGGCAGUUUAUUGGCUGGCUCCAAACUAUCUUCCUCGAAGGGCAAAGGUGGAUCUCCUGGCAAGUUUCCCGAGCGGAGACUCUCCGGCCAAGUCUCCCAAUCCGUCCAGUCACCAUCACGACUCAAGCCUGCUGAUCAACUGGAAGCCACGGCUGAAGAACGAGAUACCGAUGAGGAAGGGGUCCAUGUCGACACCUCAGUCGACGUCCGGGACUCUUCCAGGGGUGGUUUGCGAUCUUUCCUCCCUGCCUUUUCCAACUCCCGAUAUGCUCGUCGUCAUCGUCAAGGAGCUGCAUGGGAAGAUGCACCGCUGCCCCCGGGCGUUAAGGACCCCGGCGUUUGGAUCAAAGAUCAAGGUGAAUUGAAAAUUGAGGGCAAGGUCUGGCUCGCCAAUCAACGAACGUUCAUCAAGUGGCAACACAUUGCGGUGCUCCUUGCGACAUUGUCACUUGGUCUUUACAAUGCUGCCGGCGUCGACAACAAUAUUGCUCGCAUUCUGUCAGUUGUCUACACCGGCUUCGCAGUCUUCGCAGCUGUAUGGGGUUGGGGAGUUUAUAUGUGGCGUAGCAAAUUGAUCACCGAACGAAGCGGGAAAGAUUUUGAUAAUGCUAUUGGGCCGUUCAUCGUGACCAUUGGAUUGGCCUGCGCAUUGAUUUUGAAUUUUGCAUUCAAGUAUAAUGCUGCUGUUGCAGAUGAUGGCACACCUGUGAACGGCACGGCCCUGAUGCCUAUGGUCAAGCAGCUGCCUAAGGGAAAUAUGGUCAACGACUUGUGGACACAGGAACUGUAG